UUCAUAUUUGUUAAAUUUCUUCAAAUCUGCUUUGUGUUUUCAUUAUCUGUUCCACAUUCAAUGUUUAGCAAUCUAAAUAAACAAGUUACAGCCAAAUUUCAAAGUGCGCGAAACAAAGUUGCCAGCAAACCGAAUCAGCCCAAGCCCACGCCCGCAACAACAAUCAUGCCUGUGAGAUCCGCAAGGACGGGAACAGCCAUUGACUUGUCAAGCAGCCAGAUUAAACCCGGCACAAAGUCGUCGUCGGCAACAAUGCCGAGGAACCAUGGGAAGCCCCAACCGGAACCGCAGCCCACUAAGCCGCUAGCUAAAUCAACAACCAGCUGCACUGCAUCUGAAGGCGAACAGAGGCUUAAAAUUAAGUCUGCAAAUAACGUGUCGUCGAGAAUGCGCGCAGAAGCUGCCACGUUGCCGAGGAACUCGCAGCCCUUUCUAUUGAGCAAACGCGUCUUUCGCCCCUCCGCCUCCAAAGUCUUUGACUAUGAUCUAUCCAAGGAGGAGAAACAUUACUUUGGCCAAUAUCACAAUCCCAUGAAAUCUGUGCCGGCAGAAGAGCUGCAGCUGCUGAAAACGGGACAACGUACAACAUACUUGGAGACACGCUACGGACACACACCAGAUGCUAAGUACAAUUAUCCGGAGGCAACCAGUUGGCGAUACGGUUGGUUCCAUCGCAAGGAUGCUCUCAAUUAGGGCGAGAAACUGGCUGGGAUCGUCUUUGGCGAUAGCUGUCGGCCGCUGGCAUUAAAUUGUUGUCAUAGCUUGACUAUCCAUUAUCCAAAGAAAUCCGCAUUUAUUAGAACCAUCCGAAUUUUCUACAUUUAUACUUUUUGCACUAUUUUUCACCAUUACUCUACGUUUUGUAGCAAAACCCUAUUUAAAGAGUCUUCUCAUAUUUCUAAUUUGUAUCGGACCAAAAUUUUAGAAAGUGUAACAUUUUUAUAUUUAUACUGAUAUAUAUAUAUAUAUAAGCAUGUAUAGAAGAAGAGACCAUAAUAAAGGAAACCAGCACAAUA